AUGAAGAUUCCGCAGAAGAUCCAGGCGGCAUUAGAUGAGGGAAGGAAGGUAUUCUCGUUCGAGUACUUCCCUCCCAAGACCGCGGAUGGCGUGGAGAACCUGUUCGAUCGCAUGGAUCGCAUGGUCGCGUACCAGCCUGCGUUCUGCGACAUCACGUGGGGAGCAGGCGGAUCGACGGCGGAUCUCACCCUGGAGAUCGCCACUCGCAUGCAGAACAAUAUCUGCGUGGAGACGUCGAUGCAUCUGACGUGCACCAACAUGCCCGUGGAGCGCAUCGACCACGCGCUGGAGCACAUCAAGGCGGCCGGGUUGCAGAACGUGCUCGCGCUGCGCGGCGACCCCCCGCACGGCCAGGACAAGUUCGUCGCGGCGGAGGGCGGCUUCUCGUGCGCGCUUGACCUGGUGAAGCACAUUCGCGCCAAGUAUGGCGAUUAUUUCGGAAUCACGGUUGCAGGAUAUCCAGAGGCCCAUCCCGACGCCAUCAGCGGCCCUGACGGUGCGACGCCAGAGGAGUACCAGAAGGACCUCGAGUACCUCAAGGCCAAGAUGGACGCGGGCGCGGAUCUGAUAGUGACGCAGCUGUUCUACGAUGUGGAUAUUUUCCUCAAGUUCGUGUCGGACUGCCGGGCCAUGGGAGUGAGCGAGCCCAUCAUCCCGGGCAUCAUGCCCAUCACCACCUACAACGGCUUCAAGAAGAUGACCGCCUUCUGCAAGACCAAGGUCCCCCAGAGCAUUCUGGACGCGUUGGAGCCGAUAAAGGAUAACGAGGAGGCUGUUAGGGCGUACGGCAUCCACCUAGGCACGGAGAUGUGCCGGCGCAUCCUGGAUGCGGGCAUCUCCACCCUGCACAUGUACACGCUCAACCAGGACAAAACCACCAUCGCUAUCCUCAAGAACCUGGGGUUGGUAGAGGCCUCCAACAUUCCCCGCUCGCUGCCCUGGCGGCCAUCCCCCAACGUGCGCCGAUGCUCAGAGGACGUGCGCCCCAUCUACUGGUCCCUGCGCCCCAAGAGCUACCUGGCGCGCACAGCAGCGUGGACCAAGUUCCCCUCUGGCCGCCUGGGCCCUGCAGAGGCGCUGUCAUACAGCGACCUGCCCGCCAAGCACAAGGCUUUCCUCAAACGCAAGUCGCGGGCCACUGCUCUUGGCAGGGACUGGGCUGUCCCUGUUGCGUCGACAGAGGACGUGAAGCAGCUGUUUUCUCGGUUUGUGAGUGGCGAGGUGAGCAGCUUCCCCUGGAGCGAGGCGGUGGAGGCCUCUAUCUCUGCGGACUCAGCCCCCAUCAGCACUCAGCUGCAUGAGCUCAAUGCGGCUGGGCUGCUCACCAUCAACAGCCAGCCGGCCGUCAACGGCGCCAAGUCAGACGAUCCUGUACUGGGCUGGGGAGGCCCCGGGGGGUACAUCUACCAGAAGGCGUAUGUGGAGUGCUUCGCUCCGCACGACAAGGUCACCACUCUCCUUGAGAAGGCCAAGGCCACGCCCUCAAUCUCCCUCAUGGCUGUCAGCUCCUCCGGCCACGUGCUCGCCACCGGGCCCGGCACGCCUGCGUCCACCACGCCGUUCUCUGCGAAUGCGGUCACGUGGGGGGUGUUUCCGGGGAGGGAGGUGAUGCAGCCGACGGUGGCAGAUUUCAUGUCGUUUCUGGCGUGGAAGGACGAGGCGUUUGGUGCGUGGGUGGAUGACUGGGCGGAUUUUUACAAGGAGGAGGACGAGGGCGCGCCCGUUGCUAAGAAGCUGCUGCAAGAGAUCCACGACACCUAUUACCUUGUCAGUGUCGUUGACAACGACUACGUCAGCGGUGACAUCUUUGCGCUUUUUGCUGGGAUCUGA